AUGUUUGGCGUCUUCUUCUCACUUCUUCUUUUCCAUUUGGGCGAUGCUCAACAGUCACGCCUCUCGUCAACCUCAAUAUCGUCGAUGAGCCUUUCAGCGACUCGAAAAUGCGAGCCGAUCACGAUUCCAAUGUGCAAGAAUCUUGAUUACAAUAUGACAGUGUUCCCAAAUUUGCUCGGCCAUCAAACUCAGACCGAGGCUCAUCCGGCGAUUACGCAAUUCAGUCCGCUCAUCAAGGUGAAGUGCUCGGAGGACAUUCGACUAUUCCUGUGCACCGUCUAUGCGCCCGUUUGCACAGUGCUCGACAAACCCAUUCAGCCAUGCCGCGAGUUGUGUUUGUCGGCGAAAAAUGGAUGCGAGUCGCUGAUGAAAAAAUUCGGAUUCCAAUGGCCCGAUCAACUCGAUUGCAACAAGUUCCCGGUCAGCGAUUUGUGUGUGGGAAAGAACGCGUCCGACUCGUCAUCGUCCGGUUCGAGGCGCAAGUUCGAUGACUCGACGAGAUCGCCGAUGUCGAUGCGCGAUGUGAUUUUGCCGGCGCACAAAUGUCCGCUGUUCAUGCGAACGACGGGAAGCUCGCGAUUCUCGUUGCCGAUGAUCUCCGGCCGUCUGCCCGAAUGCAGUUUGCGUUGCGCUGCCGACAAUCAGGUGCCGAUGCUGUUCGACGGGCGCAUUCGUCGAAUUUUGAGGAUUUGGACGGCGGCGUGGUCGGUGGCGUGCUGUGUGUGCACACUGUUCACACUGCUCACCUUCUUUGUCGAUCUGUCGAGAUUCGCGUAUCCGGUUCGACCAAUCCUCUAUCUGGCGUUCUGCUAUCUCGCCAUUUCGAUCGUCUACAUGAUAGGAGUCGUUGGGGAGGAUCGAUUCGCAUGUGGAACUUAUGGACAAUCGCCGACUGAGCUGAUCACGCAAGGUGGUGAGAAUGUUGGAUGCAGUGCGCUGGCCGUCACCCAUUACUACUUUUUCAUGGCGAGCUGCUCGUGGUGGCUUGUUCUUUGCUUGGCCUGGUUUCUGGCGGCCAAUUUGAAAUGGGGAGCCGAGUCGAUCGCCGCCCUAUCCGCCUACUUCCACGCCGUCUGCUGGGGUCUGCCGGCUGUCCUCUCGGUUGUCGUGCUUGUGACGAAUUCGAUUGACGGCGACGUGUUCACUGGAAUCUGCUCGGUUGGAAAUCUCAAUCCGCAAGCGUUGCUCUACUUCUUCCUCAUCCCGUUGGUCGUCUCUCUUGGUCUCGGCACGGUUUUGUUGUUCUGCGGCAUCUGGUCGAUGAUCAGAAUCCGAAGCUACAUCAAAUUGCAGCACGCCGACGUUGAAAGAAACAUCAGCAAGCUCGAGAAGCUCAUGCUGCGGAUUGGCGCGUUCGCUAUCAUGUACCUUUUGCCGGCGGCAAUGAAUGCUGCGAUCAUCUGGUAUCAGGCGUCGAAUAUGCCCGCCUGGAUCGAAGGAUGGAUGCAUCAUCGAUGCGUGAGGCUGGAGGAUCGAGAAUUGUUUGGAUUCAAUUACCCGAUUGAAGAAUGCUUCCUCGAUCCGAAGGUCAACGCUCCGGAGCUCGUCGUCUUCUUGAUGAAGUAUGUCUCGCAAUUGGUCGUCGGAAUCACGUGCGCCAUUUGGGUGGUCUCCUCAAAGACAUUGUCGAGCUACCAUAAAGCAUAUCUCGCCCUCUCGUCGAGACCACUUCCGCCGGUUCCGCAUGAUCAGGUCAACCUACGAUAG